AUGACGAGGAGGCAGACAACGGGCGAAACCACCGCAGUCGGUGGCAGCGACACCACCUCAGCCGACGGCGGCGACACCACCUCAGCCGACGGCGGCGACACCACCUCAGCCGACGGCGGCGACACCACCACCUCAGCCGACGGUGACGACACCACCACCUCAGCCGACGGUGACGACACCACCUCAGCCGACGGCGGCGACACCACCACCUCAGCCGACGGUGACGACACCACCACCUCAGCCGACGGUGACGACACCACCUCAGCCGACGGCGGCGACACCACCACAGUUGACGGUGGCGACAACACCGACUCCGACGCCGACUUAGAGACGGUAACCAUCGAUGUAAAGGACAUUAAGAGCAGAACGGUCGAAACCACCGCAGUCGGCGGCAGCGACACCACCUCAGCCGACGGCGGCGACACCACCUUAGCCAACGGCGGCGACACCACCUCAGCCGAUGGCGGCGACACCACCACCUCAGCCGACGGCGUUGACACCACCACCUCAGCCGACGGCGGCAACACCAGCACCUCAACCGACGGCGGCGACACCACCACCUCAGCCGACGGUGGCGACAACACCGACUCCGACGCCGACUUAGAGACGGUAACCAUCGGUGUAAAGGUGCCCCACUAA